CCCAGGCAAGCAGGCUACUCUCAAGUCACCCCCAAGUUCUUUCCCAAGAUGCCUCCCCAGAGGGCUGGAUUUGUGGGUGGGCCGGCAGCUCCCCCACUAUUCACUUUCUUUCUUGGAAGGGGCCAAAGGGUGGGACCAGCUGGGGAGUCGCCAGAGGAGGGGUUGGGGGGAUGGGCCCAAAGUACUCCUGAGGGGAGGGAGGGGACCAAAGAGCUGGGAGCGCUGUGGGGCCCCCCCCCACUCUGCCGCUCAGGUGAAGCCACCCACAGGGCAUCUCCGCCAGGGAACAAGAGAGCCGACCUUAUUUAUCACCUCCCAGCCCAGGCCCAGCCCACGAUGGCUUAGCACACGCCCGCCAGGAGGGAGAGAGAGGAAGAGGAGGAACAGAAGAGGCGGCUCUCGCAGAGUCAGACCUCCCAGGGGCAGGGCAGCACGCGGGAGUCCCAGCCAUCCCCCCAAGGUCCCAGCAGGGAUUCCCUCGCCUGGGCAGGGGCGGAGGUGGCACUGCCUCCCUCACUUUGGUGGCCGCCCCGUGUAAUUUGACACUUGGAUCUCCAGGACGACCAACAACAGAAAAGCUGAGGCCGAGACAGCAGCUGGCUGUCACCAGCCAGGAGUUCCACACGCUCUGAGGAAGGCACCCAGCAGCGGGUCAGGAAAGAGGCAUUCGAGAAGGAAGGAAGAGGUGGUGGCUGGGCUAAGGACAGGCCCAGGAGGCUGCUGGGCUCCCCGGGAUCUGAGCUCCUAGGUGGGUGGGGACUCGCUGCUCAGCACUCCGGCCAGGCACCCGCAGGAGCCCGGCGCACCAUGGCAGUUGCCAGCUUCGUGCAGGAGAUGCGCUCCAUGGGUGAGAGGCUACUGCUCAAGCUACAGAGGCUACCCCAGGCCGAGCCCGUGGAGAUCGUGGCCUUCUCGGUCAUCCUCCUUUUCACAGCUACCGUGCUGCUGCUGCUGCUGACAGCCUGCUGCUGCUGCUGCUGCCCUGAGCGCAGAGGCAGGAAGGUCCAAGUGCGGCCCAUGACCCCACCGUGAGAGACGAAGAUGAGGACGAGACGCUGGAGAGGAGGCUGCCGAAGCCAUGAUCCCAGGUGCCACCUGGCCCUGUGGCCCGCAGGCCACCAGACCGUGAUCCCGUGGCCCCAGCUCCGGCCCUGCCCAGGAACCCGCCACCUGCAGCCUCAUCAAGGAAACAAGCGCUGGUACAGCCCCCAAACUCUGACCUGCCGGUGAAUCCUGGGGCGCCGAGGACGAGUCAACUGUUUCAAACACUGAGUAAACGUGAACUGGAACUUUCCCAAUCUGCACUUUUUAACAAAACACAGAAGCAGGGUCCCCAUACUCGGACGGAGAACAGCCCGCACCUGUGGGGAGCUGGCCCUCGGGGCCUCCACGCCAAAGAGGGGCUUUGUGCACUAGCUACUGGAUCCCGAGCUUCCCACCAGAGGGGCGGCGUCAGUAUUCUGCUCCAGUAUUUGCCCGUUUCUCUCCCAGUAAAAGCUUUCUGGUUAUGUGUUUCUGCAGCAUCAGACUCCCUGGCCUGGGCACUGUGCUUCUGAAGGGCAAUGCGCCAGGAUCCCAGGGGUGUGGCCGGUGACUGUCCUUUCCCGGCCUCCGCAUUCCCGGUGCCCGUGAAAGCUGGAAAAACACACAGGCAGGCAGGAAUGCCACGCGAGAGGGAGCCAGGGGAAGGGCGAGGGUGAAAGUCCCAUCGGCACCAGCGCUGCUGAGCUCCGGCUCCAGAUGCCCCCGCUGCCGUGACGGCGUAGCGCCUGCCCGGGUGCUGGGCUCAGGAAUGCCGCCCCACGGCUUCUGCCGCCAGUUACUGUAGCCUGCACACCCCACGCCAGUGGGCUCAGGCCACCGGGUCUUCCCACACUUCUGGAGUCAGAGAAAAGAGGUCAGGCCCCCACUGUGGUCCAUAACCUGCAUCCCGACCCCUCAGUCCUCCCCCCAUCGUGUGCCGGGCUGUCCAGGUGCCAAUCCUCACGCCGCCACUCCCCGGCUGCGUGAAUGCCCAUUAGUGAUUCGACCUCCCCACGCCACAUUUCCUGCCCUCAGAGACUCUGCUAACCCCGGCAGCUGCCCUCUGGGCUGAGCUCGUGAGGAGAAAGGAGAUGACCUACAGCAAGCACUCGGAACAGUGCUGGGCAUGUGGAGGGAUGAGCCAUCGUCACCAUCCGCCCGCCCCUCUAAGCAAGAGCAACGUGGACCCGUUUUAAAGACUGGCCCCGCCACAAUGUACCACCACUGUCUCCCUCCCUUCAGUUUACUUUCUCUUCCACAGAACAGCCCAGGUAGAGCUACCAACCCAGGAAUGAGGGUUGGGGGGAACCAAAAAGCUCUCCAUGGUAUCUCUCCCUCCAUCCCCACUGGUCCCCCAGAGCCACUGGGGUAGCCCUGUCUACCUAGAAAACAGAAUGGAUCAGGGACGCCAGGCCCUGCUCCCCGCUCCCCUCCAUCUCCAGCUGGCAGGCAGGUGUGAGAAACUCUGGCUGGUUUCACUUCCUGGUGUCCACUGACUUGUCUGACGGGUUUGGUUUAGGUUGAAGACCCAGAGAGGAAGUCCUUCCACACAAAAGAAAUUCAAGAACCAAGCUGUACCCACCCCACAAGAACAGGAUUCAGAAUAACAGUGGUAACAAGGAGGAUGGUGAAGGCCUCGGGUGAUGAUCAGGUUGGCUAAACUUCCCUGAGGGCUUAUGUGUGCUCGGCCACUGCCUAAAGCAUUUUUUUUGAAAUGCAUUUUAUUUGAGAGAGAGAGGGAGAGCACAGAGAAUGAGAGGGAGAAGCAUUCUCUCCGCUG